AUUGAUAAAAGAAAAAUUUGGUAGGGUUUUUGAGAACUCUUCAUUCAUCUCCAAUCUCUGACGAGGCAACAAAAUCUGCAGCUUCAAUUGCGCAGGUGAAAUGGGGAAGAUGGCUUACAAGAGGCUGAAGGGAAGCCAGAGCUUCAGACAACGCCUUCUUCUCGCCACUCUCACUUCCACUCCCAUUCUCAUCGAAGACAUUCGCGCAACUGAAACUUGGCCUGGUCUCCGCAACCACGAGAUUUCACUUCUUCGUUUGUUCGAGACUGUUUGCGACGAUUGCCACGUCGAAAUCAACGAAACCGGUACCAAAUUGAAGUAUAAACCGGGAACUAUUAUGGGUGGUAAACAACACCGUGCGCACGACUGUGGUGUCUCGCGGUCCAUUGCUUAUUUUUUGGAGCCACUCAUCGUGAUAUGUUUGUUUGCCAAACAACCCCUUACCAUUAGGCUCAAAGGAAUCACAAAUGAUUCUAAAGAUCCAUCAGUUGAUACCUUCAAAUCGACUGCUUUACCCUUAUUAAAGCGCUUUGGAGUCCCUUCUGAAGGCUUGGAUCUUAAGGUAGAGAGUCGCGGACUACCUCCGAAUGGUGGUGGCGAAGUUCUUUUGUCACUUCCUGUUGUUCAAAGUCUAACGGCAGUUAAUUGGAUUGAUGAGGGGUUUGUUAAGAAGAUUAGAGGAACCACAUUUUCAGCAAGAGUGUCUGUUCAGUUUGAAAAUAGCAUGAUUAAAGCGGCUCGUCGAAUCAUCAAUCCACUAAUUUCAGAUGUGCAUAUUUUUUCUGAUCACCGAUCAGGUCCACAGGCUGGAAAUUCUCCUGGAUAUGGGAUUUCACUGGUUGCGGAGACAACUACCGGUUGCUUCAUCUCUGCAGAUACUGCUGUUUCUCAUGCUAGGGAUGAAGAUUCUUCAAGCCUUGCAGAUGAUGAGAAAAAAGAUCUGAUGCCUCCUGAGGAUAUCGGUGAGGGAAUUGCUAAUGUUUUACUAGGGGAGAUAGCUCAAUGUGGAGUGGUAGAUUCGACACAUCAGGGUUUGUUAUUUCUUCUUUGUGCUUUAUGCCCUCAAGAUGUUUCCAAGAUUCGAGUUGGAAAACUUUCCCAGCAUGGGGUUGAAACUCUCAGAAACAUACGAGAUUUUCUUGAUUUGAAGUUUAUUAUCAAACCGGAUCCAAAUUCAGAGUCUGUUUUUCUGAAGUGUAUUGGUUAUGGCAUGAAGAACCUUUCUCGGAAGGUAUCUUGAAGCACCGUCAACAGUGUUGUAUAAUCCAAAAUGAGUCCUGCGAAUUGUAGUUUUCAAGCGAUUGCUACUUCGGUACCUGGAAAAGAAUGCAACAGCAUCUUCAAUACAUAAUAUAAUGCUAAUGGUUGUGAAAUAACCACGCCCAAAAUGGAUUGACAGGAGAGUUCAGUUUCAAUUGUAACCCAAUUUUGCUAGCUGGUUAUGUAUUUUAAGCGUUCCUCGCAAAUGAUAGCGUUUCUCCAAUUUUGAAGAACAAGUAAGUACGUUAUACAUUUUGUAGAUUAAUACAAGAAAUCCCAGUUAUAUUAUUUUUUAUG